CUUAUUUUUUAAUCCUUUCUCAUCGUCUGCACUCCCCACUAGAAUGCAAGGUUACCAAGACAGAUCUUUCUUUUCUAGAACAUUGCGCACCGCUGUAUCAAGCGACUCGGGCAGGGCCUGCAAAGCACAGACAGGUAAAUACUGGUUGCUGAAAUGACUGAAUUGAGGAACCAUACCCUGUGGGGGCCUAGUGUCACAGUAUCCCACGAGUUUGUAACAGGCACUUAAGUGCGGAGGUUCGGGGCUGGGCCUGGCUCCAAGUCUCCGCCCCUCCCGGCACGUCCCAGGCCAGGGACGCGGGCCGGCGGAGGCCACAACUGGCGCGAUGCGGCUGCCGGCAGUGCAACUGGUGCGGCUGGGCCGAGUGUCCUAUGCGGAAAUGCUGGAGCAGCAGGAGCGAUGGCUCCGGCGGCUGCAGGCCGAGCCAGGAACCGAGGCCCGGCCAGCGACUCGGGCGGGCGCGCUCUUGCUCAGCGAGCCCGCGCGGCCCGUAUACACGGUCGGGUUGCGCGGCGGCCUGAAGCCCGAGGAGUCGGCGCGGCUGCGGGCAUUGGGUGCCGAGGAGUCCGCUGUGGAAGGCACGUCACGUCUCACGGCCUGGCUCUAAAUUGCUCUACGGAUUUGAUGUGGUUUGAGCACAUUGUGCCCUGUGGGUUGGUGGGGACAGGCGUCACUUCCCUGAGUAAGGAGCUCCAGAGGCAUGUCACUGUGGAUGAAGUAAUGCCAGCUUUCCUUGAGGCCUUUAAGGAGACCUACAACUGCACAUUGACCUCAGAGGACAGCCCCAGCUGAAGGCACUCCUGUUAUUACAGCCAGGUGGUCCUGCCUUGGAAAGCACCAAGGCUGACAGGGUCACUGGAACUGAGAUUCUAGACCCAGCCCUGUCAUUCACUGGCUGUGAGAUUAGGGCAAGUCAUAAAUUCUGAGCCAUGGUUCCCGUAUGUAUUCUGGUUGUUUCUCUCUUCCUUACCUACGCCAGGGAUACUAGAUGUGAAAACACUAAAAAAGCAUCACACACUAUAUAAAUAUGAGCUUAUCAUUAUUAUAGACACCAGUUUCUCAGUUUAGAGAAAGAUGCUAUAUGUGAUGGUUUGAAGCUGUAUGUAUCUCAAAAAACACGUUCUUAAAUCUAGUCCAUUCCUGUGGGUGUGAACCCUUGAUGAGGAGGGCCUUUUGAUAAGGCUACUUCAAUUAAGGUGUGACCCACCUUAGUCAGGAUGGGUCUUAAUCUUACUGUUACUGGAGUUCUUUCUAAGUGGAAUGAAAUACAGACAGAGGGAGAGAAAGCCACAUGAAACAAGAGGUUGGACAUCAACAGAACCAAGAAGAGAAAAGAGAGCCCAGGAGACGCUGCUGUGUGCCUUGCCAUGUGACAGAGGAGCCAAGGAUUGCCAGCAGUUAGCUACAGAAUGCCACAGUCUUCUGGGAAAAAGGGACUUGAUGAUUUGGACUUUCUUUUAUCCUCAAAACCAUAAGCUAAUAAAUUCCCAUUGCUUUAAAAUACCAAAGAUUGUCAUUUCUCAAUUAUUUGUUACUUCCU